AUGGAUAUUCAGGCAUCAAAACCUCCGAAUAGGGCCAAGCGCCGCAAGAUAUCUGUGGCGUGUGAUGAUUGUCGGACCAGAAAAGUUCGCUGUGAUGGCGUCCAACCCGUAUGUGGCCCAUGCAGCAAGAGAGCCGAACUUGGGGUGCAAUGCAACUACACUGGCGAGUUGGAGAAGCGGAAAGCGAAUCAGCUGUAUGACUCCCUCUUGUGUGAGAAAUUGGACAUACACGCUGACCGUCGAAUCGAUAGAUACAUUUCCAACCUUGAGACCCGAAUCAAACAACUUGAAGGGGGCGAGGGCUCCCAGGGGCCAGGCAAAGGCCCCACACCAACUUCUACUCCCCGGCCAACUUUGCCAUCACCAACCCCCGGGGGAACACUACCCGAGACACCCGGAACUUACCGAAGCAUCCAGAGUCAACCUGGUGCACAUACGCCCGCGUCACAGCGGAAUGGAGUGAACGCCAUGAUGGGUGCAGUCGAAGAAGAACGUGCCAGCCAAGGCUUUUUCGGGAGCUCCAGCGCCGCAGGAUUCAUGCGUCAAAUCAGAACCGCGGUGGACAAGAAGGUAGCUCCGGAUUAUCGAAGACCUUUAGCUCCUCGUCUACCUGUGAGCUCAACGCUACUGUCUACCCGCACAGAGACUGCCCAGCAUCCCGUCGCAAAUUAUGUGUUACCUCCACGGAAAAUGGCGGACAGUCUGAUGGAAGUGUAUUGGGACUACGUUUUCCCUCUAUAUCCGUUCCUGAUAUCUGCGCAGAUGAAGAGGGAGUAUGCAAGAAUUUGGGCAGGAGAGACUCCAGAAUCUGACGAGAACAUGCUCAUGUGCACGCUCAAUGUCAUCUUCGCAUUGGCAAGCCAGCUGGCUGACUUUGUCCCGCCGACGGAACGUGAAGCGUCUGCCGAUGCCUUUUUUUCUCGGGCAAAAGGACUGUUUCAGUUCAAUCUGUGGGACAGUGGGUCAGCGGGUCUGAUUCAAUGUCUGCUACUAAUGGCCCAGUAUUUACAGAGCACUGAUUCUGCGCAUCAAUGCUGGAUUGUCACUGGAUUGGCUAUUCGGAAUGCUCAAAGUCUGGGGCUACAUCUUCCUGAGACCAUUGCCAGUCUGCAGAGCUUCCAAGAACAGCAAUUAGCUCGGAAAAUAUGGCAUGGAUGCGUUCUGAUGGACCGGGUCAUAUCCAUGACAUUCGGUCGCCCAGCUAUGAUCACCAAGGCUGCCAGUGGAGCUGUUCCUCUACCGGCUGCCGUUGACGAAGAAUUCAUUCCGCCCGAGUCAGGGUCAGAGGCCUCCCAGCCCGCUGAUCGACCUUCAAUGAUGGCAUUUUUCGGGAAGACCCUGGAGCUUUACGACAUAAUGAAUGAUGUACUCGAGAGCCUCUAUGAUCCUUCAACUGACUCUAGUGGCGAAGACAUUCACAACUUUUAUUUUAAUAAUAUCACAGGCGGGGGAGAACGGACCAUAUUUGAACUGGAUCACUGCCUUAGCCGAUGGACGAAAACCCUUCCAGACCACUUGCGCGGGGACUCGGCGUCAGUUUCUGCGAAUCCAAUAUUUUGUCGCCAAAGCAUUGUACUGCGUGCAAGGUUUCUCCACGUGCGAAUCCUUUUGUUUCGGCCAACUCUGUCCCGAUAUUGCGCUAUUCGAGACAACACAACCAGUGACUCGUUGAUACCGAUACACGACUCUUUUCCCCACCGCGUUGCAUUGCAGUGUUCCAUAAUAUGUGUCAAAGCAGCCCAAGAAUCUAUCCAGCUGAUCUACAACAACGUGCCCACUGAUGGAACUGGCGGACCGUUGCCUGCAUGGUGGUACAAUGUUCUAUACGUCUAUACUUCUGCGACCGUGCUAAUAGCCGGCCGUUUAUGUUCGGCAAUUCUUGCCGAAGUUAUGGAAGAAUCCAUUACACAAUCCUGGAAUCAGGCACUGGAGAUAUUGAAGAAGUACCAGAGCUACAGCACAUCUGCUCGACGCUGCGUUGCAGCACUUGAGAUUCUUUACGAACAAGUGGCGUCCGAGGAUGUGCCCCCCGGUCACCAAGAACCCCGAAAUGAGGCGGGAGAAGAAGCCUCUGCUGCAAUUGGCGACAUGUCAUUCGGAGAAGGAAUGAAUGCGUCUAUACUAGACAGCUUCGAGUUCCCUGACUUCCAAGAUAUGUCUUGGCUGAACAGUGUUCCGAGCAAUCUUUACUAG